AUGGCCAAACAGACGAGGAACAGAGGUCUAGGAGGCGCCAAAUCGAGAGCGCAAGGGAAGGCGUUCAAUCCUGGCAAUGCCAGUACCAAUCCGGACAGGAAAACCGCAAGCAACUCGCCGGGGUUCAUGCGAUCGAAGAACACUAUCAAACGUCUUAAUAUGUAUAAUCAGAAGCUGAAGAAGGCUGAUUUGAACAAGGUGCGGUACUGGGAGAGUCUUUUGCCAUACCGUAACUUCUUCUACCCUCAGCGGAAAAUCCAACCUACUGGUCCAGCCCGAAUCGCACCUGACCGUCGGUGGUUCGGCAACACGCGUGUCUUAAGUCAACAGAAGCUACAAAAGUUUCGAGAGGAGAUUGGCCAGAGUGUCAACGACCCUUUCCAGGUGGUAUUGAAGUCUUCCAAGCUGCCGAUGUCCUUAUUGACAGAGGGCCAGAACGAGAGCGAUCAACCUCGAGGGAAGGUGGCCAGGAAGAACCUUCUCGCUGUUGAACCGUAA